UCUCCUUGCUCAUCGAGUCGGAGCAGAUUUGAUUGUGAUGCUAAACUGACCGGGGAAGAAGAAGCAGGAGAGUUUCUGACAACCGGUGAAGUCGGAUUGCUCGUCUUGCGACGCGGAGGUGUGUAGCGACACCCCGGCAGUGAGGUUGGAGGGUGACUGAGGGGUUUCGGGGUGUUAGUGGCCACUUUCCCGGCCACUUGUUGCAGUCUGGCCGGAGAACAAGUGCUCCCAGAAUGCGCGGAAUGCGCUCCGCAGCCGACGGGUUGGUCGUGUUUUUUAACCCGACGAGGAAAUGAUUUACAGCAUACAUUCUGGGUAUUUGACGUCGUUUUUUUUAUUCACACGUUCCUGAACCUUAAUAGUCCAUGAACUAGGACGUGUUAGACUCCGUAACUCGGACUACCGGGGCUACUUGUCAACUUUCCCUCCGCUCCGGCGUCCUCCAUGGACCACGGGGCCGGGCAUGGAUAGCAGCGCUAGCGGCAGCUCGGAGCUCCACACUGGGGGAGUGGGGCUGGUGGAGGCCCGGCUCCGGGGCAGCAGCUCGGAGCUCCACGACGGGGGAAUGAUGCUGUUGGAGGCCCAGCUCCGGGGCGGCGCCCCCUGGGGCUUCACCCUGCAAGGGGGGCUGGAGCAUGGCGAGCCGCUCAUCAUCUCCAAGGUGGAGGAAGGGGGUAAGGUGUGUAGCCUGCAGCACCCCCUGCUGGCGGGAGACCAGCUGCUGCUGAUCAACCAGGUGGAGCUGAGUGGAUCCAGACAGGAAGCUGUCUCGCUGGUCAAAGGUUCCCAUCGCACCCUGCAGCUCACUGUAUGCAGGGAGAGUGCACCUCUGUCCUCUCUGGAAGAUUGGGAUUCGGCACCUGCACCCCAUUUCAUUACUCCUCCUCCUGGUCCUGGUCCUGGUCCUCCUCCUCCUCCUCCUCCUCCUCCUCCUCCUCCUCCUCCUCCUCCUCCUGCUCAGCACACAGACCAGGCUGCGACCAGAGCGGUCCAGUUAUGCACCAAUACCAGCAGCCACCCGCUCUCCUCUCUGUUCAGACCGCUGAUAUGGGAUGUUUACUCUGGAGCCCAGAUCAAAGAGCACAUCAUGGAGCUCCUGGAGGCUCUGUACCGCAGAAGGCUCCGUAAAAAGCAGAAGAAACCUGAUCUGGGCCGCUCCGACCGAACGCUCUGUCGGUCGCCCUCGGAAACCAGUGUCACCAGUGUCAACCGCCUAGCAACCGGAAUCCUUUCCAAGGUCCUCCGGUUCACCAGCAGGCACAGUGAGCCCACCUCCCGCCCACACUCCUGGCACGCCACCAAGCUAGGGGGGGGUGGGCUGCAUCCAUCCCAGCUAGAGGAGCUCUGUCCUGGGGGCCUGGGGGCCCUGCACACCCCCUGGCACCAAGGGUACCAACACCACCAUACCAGUGUGUCCACCACAGACCUGUCUGCUGGGUGGGACUCUGGGUUCAGCUACCUGAGGAGGAGUCCAGAGCAGUACAGCUCCCGGGAGAGUCUGGACAGCCUGGACGCCCCGCCCCCCCCCCAGAGCCGGGCUGGCCCUCUGGUUCUCCCCAGGUCCUCCCACAGCAUGGACCUCCUGCACAGCAAGAGGGACUCGGCCUACUCCUCCUUCUCCACCUCCUCUAGCAUCCCCGACUACCUGGCCUCCGCCCCCUCGCUCAGCUCCGAGCGCUGCUACUCCCUGGAGAGUGUCUCCCCCCGGGGGAGGGAGGGGGAGGGACGCUACUCCCUGGAGAGUGUCUCCCCCCGGGGGAGGGAGGGGGAGGGACGCUACUCCCUGGAGAGUGUUUCCCCCCGGGGGAGGGAGGGGGAGGGACGCUACUCCCUGGAGAGUGUCUCCCCCCGGGGGAGGGAGGGGGAGGGACGCUACUCCCUGGAGAGUGUCUCCCAGCGGGGGAGGGAGGGGGAGUGUCCCCAUGGCCACGCAGGCUUCAUGCGCUCGGAGCUCACCUCUGCUGCGUCGCUAGGCAACAGCCUAUCCCAGGAUAGGGGCGUGGUGAAGAUAGAAUCUGGGGGCGGGGUCUGUUACCAUGGCAACUGCAGUAGUGGUAGCAGUGGCGGGGUCCACGGGUCGAAGCGCCACAGCGUUGGGCCUAUCUGGGGUCCGACGGCCGGCCCCAGCUCCUCAGACCCCCUGAAGGAGGCCCCGGCCCCCCCCCACCGCAGUGACAGCUACCGGGCCACCAAAACCCACGAGAGACCCAGCUCCUGGUCCAGCCUCGAGCACGGCCGCUCCCUACGGUCGCUACAUAAAGGCUCCUGGCAUCACUCCAGUGGCUCUGUCGCUCCAGCCAAAGGCUCGUACGCCGCCGACGUCCAGCUGCACACCGUGGUGGAGAAGAGCCCCGAGAGCAGCCCCACGCCCAGGCCUCGCCAGGGGGGGGGCCUGCCCGGGGCCCCCGGCACCAGCCCCGUACCCCUCCCCUACAGCCAGGGCCCCCCGGCCGCGGGGGCCAGGGACCCCCUCCAUCAGCUCCAGCAGGGCGGGGGGGCACGGAGCGGGGGGGGGGAGGAGGAGGAGGGAUGGAGGGGCAGGGAGAACGGGCUCCAGAGCAGCCUGGGUCCUGCCGCACCCCCCCACCUGUCCUCCUCCUCCUCCUCUUCCUCCUCGUCUUCGUCCGGUCCCCUCAGGAGGACGCUGCAGGGGGCAGACAGGGCUGAAGACCCUCCGGUCUCCCCAAGGGUCGCCCAGGGCCAGGCCCCUGCUCGCCCCCCCCACACAUCAUCAUACCCCCAGCCCAGCGCCCUGGCCCCCCCGUCCUGGGACCAGCACGAGACCCCCCUGACCCGGCUGGAGAUGGCGCUGGCAGAGGUCCAGCGGUGCGCCGGCUCUGACAGCGUUUUCACCCCCGCCAGUAGCCAGGAGGGUGGUAGCCAUGCCAACAGCGGUGGUAGCCAUGCCAACAGCGGUGGUAGCCAUGCCAACAGCGGUGGUAGCCAGGCCAACAGCGGUGGUAGCCAGGCCAACAGCGGUGGUAGCCAGGCCAACAGCGGUGGUAGCCAGGACAGCGGCGUGAGCCUGUCCGUCCUGGAGAAGGUUUGCCGCUUUGAGAGGCGGGAACACGGCGUGAAGCAGCGUAGCCUCAGCAGCCGCAGCUGCAGCCUGCAGUUCAAGAAUGAGCCGGGUCAGAGUGGGAGGAGCUCCCCCUGUGGAGCAGAGGACCUCCGGAACAUGUUGGAGAGGAGCGGCUCCAAAGCCCACCGCACCAUGAGCUACAGGGGGCGGAGCAGUGACCCACCACCACUCAGGGGCCAAGUUGACCCCAGCUCAGUGCUGCUGAGGAGCCGCAGCACCUUCCACCUGAGAGAGCCCCCCCCAGAAGAGAGCCAUCAGCCCCUCUGUGCUGCUGGACAGCCCCCACACACCCUCCCCCACCUAGACCACGCCUUCAGCAGCUCCUACAGGGACUCCCUGAAGGACGCCCAGUCCAGGGUGCUGGGCUCCACCUCCUUCAGACGGAGGGACCUCAGCUCCUCCUCCUGUGGCCUCCUGCCCCCCACCAGCUACCUCUCCCUGGAGAAGAGGGGUCCCAAGACCAAACCCAAACCCCAGUGCCCCGUCCCGACCUCCUCCGGCCCCCCGCCCCUCGCGUCCCCUCACACCCCCAGGGAGAGGCACACCGUGGGCCCCCCCGCCCGACCCGCCGCCGCCGCCGCCGCCCCCGCCGGACCCCCGCUGCUGGGCCGGGUGUGCGGCCGCAAGCGCCUCAGCGUCCAGCAGAAGAAGAGGUCCUACUCAGAGCCGGACAGCCUGCACGAGGUGGGGGUGUCGGACCCCGAGACCAGCGCCCUCUUCAGGAGGGGAGAGAGCAGCGUGGCGGACCGCAGGCGGCUGUUUGAGGGGGCGGCGCCCGGGGGCAGCCUGUGUGGGGACGGGCCCCGCCCCCAGAGCACUGGGCCCCGCCCCCAGAGCGCCGGGCCCCGCCCCCCAGCCCUACGUCAGGCCCAGCAGGACGCGCUGGCCCAGUACAUCCAGAGGAAGAGGAACGAGAGGAGGGAGCUGGACAGGCCUCAGAGACCCCACAGCUGCCUGCAGCCGGACCCCGAGAGACGGACAGAAACCUCCAGUCUGUCCUCCGCCUCCAGCCUCCUGUCCCUCCAGGAGUCCUGCCCGGACUGGAACCUCGUCCCUGGGGAGGGAUGGCUGGGCACCCCCCUGACCCCUGGAGCUCAGAGCAGCAUGAGGUCUACCAGACCCCCGUCCUCGGGCACUGACCCAGCGUCCCCGCCCCCCCUCCACCCUGGGGUGCCCUGCCUAGUCCAAGCCCCAGCAAGUCCCCUCCAGGGCCCCCCCUCGGACCAGGGCCUCUCCCAGCAGGUGCCUGGGGCCCUGCAGGGGCCCCUGUCCAGCAUGCUGGGCUCCACAGAGGAUCCUCCGGACGAGAGAGAGACGGGCGAUCAACUCCACCGCUGUUUUUCAACCGCCCAACAGGACGUCAGAGAGGUCUCCAUGACAACGCUUCCAACAUCUGAAGCCCUGCAGCAACCUGACAGACCAAUGAACGCUCAGACUCCAGAGGGACACACCCCCUCCUCAGACCCCGCCCACCACCACUACCAAGGGGAUGUCAGCUCUGGCAUCUCUGCGUUCGCAGCUCCUCAAGGCAACUACAUACACACUCCAACACACCCUCCAGCUGCCCCUAGGACACCAGUGUGGACCUCUAACCUCUACUUCCUGUCUCUUUGUUUUCACUACCUGGCAGCAGGAGCGAGCGAGUCUCACCCACCUGUCACCAGGAGAGAGAGGCCUCAUAUCUCCUCCCCGCUGGCUGCCUCGGUGGGCCUCCCCUCACCCCUGCCUCACCCUACCUCCCCCUCGCCCCGCCCCGCCUCCCCCCUAUAUCACCCCGUCACCUCCGCCCCGAGGCUACUGAACACUGUCGGGGACGGUGUCACGGUGGAAACCACGACAACGGCGGCGACGGAGGACAGUGACAGGGUGAACCGCUUCUCCCUCCCCCGCCCUCCCUCCCCGCCCUCCACCCAGCGCUGCCUCUCCUCCCUCAGGACCUCAGAGUCCCGCCUCCUCAGCCUAUCAGAGCCCUCAGAAGUGUGCCAAUCGGAAAACGACACGGACGAGGUCUUCCCUCCUUUUCCGCAUCAUCUACCAAUCACAGAGAGCGACAUCACAAAGUAUCCCCCUCCUCUUCCUCCUCAGCAGGAGGUGCUGGGGGCCACUGGCCUUACUUGCAGUUUCCAUGGAGACCACCCCUUAACCAUGGUGACCACUGCCUCGGUCGGCCCGUCUCCUCAUCCUGUCGCCUGCUCAGUCCCUGGGGACAUCAUCUCCCAGGAGGCCCCGGAUAGCCUGGGGCUAAAGUACCAGCCUCUGCCCAGGAGAGAGCCCUCUGCCCUGGAGCUGAGGGUUCAGGUCCUGCUGGGCCAGCUGGUGUCGAGGGAGCGUUCGCUGGCGCCCCUGCUGGACACCGUGGGGAUUGAGAGGACCGUAGAGCUCAUGGAGGAAGUGUUCCACGGAUCGGCAUCGGCUGGUAGAUCACCAUGGCAACGCAAGGACGGCAGCCUAUGGGGCGAGCACAGAAGCCAAGAUGGAGGAUCCCCUGGCGGCCUGGAGACAGAUCUAGAUGACGAGGGGAAAGACCUCAACGUAACCAAGGUGGCGCUGUGUGCGGCCCUGAGGAGCAGUGUGGAGGCGCUGCAGGAGGAGAAGGAGGGGCUUCAGGAGGAGCUCCGGCAGCACCGGGCGCUGGGCGCCGGCCUGGAGGCCCUGGUCCAGGACCGCUGCCGGCCCAACGAGAGGGAGAAGUACCGCGUGUUCACAGGAGACCUGCAGAAGGUGGUCAACCUGCUGCUGUCCCUGUCGGGCCGCCUGGCCCGGACCGAGGUCGCCCUGCACCACCUGGAGGACCGACAGGAGGACGACACGGGGGAGAGGGCCUCCCUCCUCCUGAAGCGCUCCCAGCUCUUGUCCCAGAGGGAGGACGCCCGGGAGCUGAAGGACCACCUGGAGCGCCGGCAGCGGGUGGUCCGCUCGCUGCUGUCGGCCCGCCUGGGCCCCCCCCAGCUGCUGCUGUACGGCCGGCUGGUCAGCGCCACGCCCUCCCUGCUCAUCCGACAGCGCCGCUUGGACGACCUCAUCCGGCAAGGGGAGGAGCAUCUGGUGCUCGUCAAGGAGACCCUGCCCCCCCACCUGGCCGAGGAGCCGUCCUCUGGCCCCGCCCCCUUCCCCUCCCUAGCCACGCCCCAGGGCCACGCCUACGCAGGCCGCGGCACCGCCGUGACGUCGCUGUGACUGCGCCGUGGACAUUAACGGAGCGUUGUGGGUUGUGGGCAUGGCUUUGGCUUGGGCGAAGAAGAAGGCCGGGCAGGACUGAAGGAGGUCAAGAACUACUGAUCAUCGGAAACAUGAAGGAACGUAUUUAUAGUAGCUGCUUCUCCUCCCCCCUCCGCUCCCCCUCUCCCCGAGGGACAGCUCUUUGGCUCACCCUGACGGCUCCUUAUUAAACCAAUCCCUGUUCAGCAGCAGAUCGAGCGCGGAGCAUGCUGAUUGGUCGAGCAGGGAGCUGCGCACUGUUUUGUUUUUGACAGCCAGACGUGAGAAUGAAAUGAAGCCAUCCGUGAAAAACGGUCAUAUCAGAGGCUGUGCUACACCACCCACUCUGCAGCAGCUUUUAGCACACACACAAACACACACGCAAACACACACACCCAGCUUGCCUUAUUGCCACCACAGUGGUGUAACAAUGUUUUGUUGUGUAGUGUUGUUUCACCACAGAUCAGAGUGUUUUGAUGUACUGUACCGUGUGCUUUAAGAAGAGGCCACAACCUCCUUGUUCUACAAAAUAAAUCCGUUAUCAAAGACAGGUUUCUGUUGCACCAGUGAAUCUGAAAAGAUGAGGUCAAAUCAAUCGUGUGUCAGUUGAGACCUAAACAAUCGUAUUCUAUUAUCCAAUUCAAAGUUAUUGGAUAGAGUAUGUCAUUUUAUUCACAUGAUACUUUAAAUGAAGCUUACCUUGAGAAACCUGGAAAUCCCGGGAUCCCAUUAGAUAUGGUCCCCAAAGGUCCUUGCACCGUGGUCACAAGGAGGGAUGAGUCUUCUGUACACCGAGAUGGCUGAAGUAAUCUGGUGUGGGGUUCCCUUUGACUACCAUGUACUACUACCAAUACUACAUGACAGUGAUGUUUCCAAAACGGGCUCUCUGUUGGACAGCCUGCCAUAUGGUCUGAUGUAUUUAAUUCCACAUGAUAUAAAAUAUGUACUUUAUUAAUCCCAGAUAAGAUCAAAUGUUCUUUAUCCAUCACAGACAAGAUGAAAAAAGUGCUUUAUUUUUCUCAGACAAGAUAAUCACCACAGGGAAUCACCACAGAAAAUACAUGACAGCAAUCAAAUACAAUUCAGAAAUACAACAAUUAGAGAAAUAUAAAGGGGCAAAAAAUAUAGAAGAUCUAAGAAUAUAGACAUAAGGCACGGUUGCAGUGUUCAAACCGACAUAGGUACAUUUAACGAGCAUGAGCGACUCCUCUCCCACACCAGAACGAACCGCUGAGCCAUCAACCUGAUCAAACACAACUGGAGAGUCUGAGUGAUAAAACCCACCAGUGGAAGAAGAUCUCUAGUCUGUACCUUGUGCUCCUCAACCUGAUGCGUCGCUGUACUGAUCACAGAUCAGUCUCACUCUGUUUAGGGCGCUUUUGUUUUAUAAAAAGAUGUUCAUCUGCAUUCAUGUUUUUAUUAUACUUAAGGUCUCCUGUUGACUGUGGCACAAAUGCCGGAAUUAAUACACACUAGUGAAACAUGUCUUUUCUAUGUGCAAACAUUUCAAUAAUUAACAUCACCUUUAACCAGAAGUGAGGAACAGUGAGCGUGAUAAUACCACAAGGUGCCCUCAACGUCAUUAUACUACAUUUAGCUCUUUGGUCCACCUCCCCCGCAGCUAGACACACACGUCUGGGAGCUCU